GGACGCGGUAAGUCAACACGCCGUGAUCCACCAUGGCGUGCGCCAAACACAUGCAGCAAUUCAAAACACAAGUAGAGCUCGAUGCGCUCGUCGAUGGAAUGAACGUAAUUGAGCUUGAUGUAGCUUCGUACUAAAAGCUGGGAUGCUUUGGCUGGUCGAGGAGUCACUCCCGUGUGAGGAACGUGAACACAAACACGCAGGCGUUUGCAGGAACCAUGAUUAUGCAACAGCACAAGGAGAUCAAGCACAAGACGAAGUCAUGUCUGCUUUUUAAUUAGACAAAUGCGGAAGUGUGAGCUUGCGUGUACAGUUUUUUUCUUGCCUGAUUAACAUCUGUUAAGAAAGAUGUAUGACUCCACAAGUGUUGAUUUACUGCUAGCCUACCAUGCCUGAUCCAAACAAUGAUUUGUACUAGUGUCUCAGCCUCUUGGCAGGAUGUCGUGGUCCCUGGACCUGCUCCCUCUGCCUCCCUGUGUGGAACUGGGUGGGCCUCCCCUGAGUGGCCUUCUGUGGACUCUAUUGGUGCUCUUUCUCUGGUAUUGCUACCGUGUUGGUGCCGACCCUCCAUCCUGCUCAUCUGGCUCGACUCACUCUGCUAUAUCUUGCUCCUCCAGCUGCUCUUCUGUUGACUCUGGCCAUUCCAUCCCCAAAUCUUCUCCUUUAAUUGCUGUGGGGAGCGAGGAAGAAGAAGAAGCAAAGAGUUACCUGAUGCCGGUGUUGAGCCAUGCACCAUUUCCAGCUCAAGCAGCAGCAGGAAGCAGGAAGUUGUAUACAGCCCUGCAGGAGUAUGCCAAGCGUUACAGUUGGGCCGGCAUGGGCCGCAUCCACAAGGGCUUGCGCAUCCAGACUAGAAUGAAUGAUCGCUCCUCCAUUCAGAAACCCCACCUCUUCUACCUCCCUGAUGUUCCAAGCAUCCCUUUCUUCCCUCGGGAUGCUCAUCGCCAUGACAUAGAGAUCUUAGAGGCCAGUUAUCCCAUAAUCCUUGCAGAAUUCCAGGCUGUCUAUCAGAGAGGCAUUGACACAAAGCUGGGGUGGAUAUACCAAGGACCUAAGGGUCAGGCACUGUUCCCACUCUAUAACGCUGGAGAGUGUGUGGCAAGUAAUUGCCGUGCAUGUCCAUGUACGUACCGUACCCUCCACUCCCUAAGAACUUUCAUCAGCAGUAACUCACUUGGCUCAGCAGGAUUCUGGAUAUUGGGCCCUGGGGCCUCAACGGGGGGAACCUAUGGGCCCACCAACAUACGCCUCAGGUGCCAUCUGGGUCUCCAGACUCCUGCACAAUGUGAACUGGUGGUAGGGGGUGAGCCGCAGUGCUGGUCUGAGGGUCACUGCCUCCUAGUGGACGAUUCUUUCCUACACACCAUCUCACAUAAUGGUGGUGCUGAAGAUGGUCCAAGGGUGAUUUUCAGUGUGGACCUGUGGCACCCAAAUGUUGCCGCAGCAGAAAGACAGGCUCUGGACUACAUCUUCAGUCCUGAACAGUAAUCAAGUACAUAUCUCUGAGUUUACCAGUUGUACUGAAAUAUGCAGAGAUGGAACCUAACUGCAUCUCAUUCAGUUUCAGCCGAUCUCUUCUCUAAUCUACCAAAAAGAAAUAUGGAGACAAAUUUGACGUAUCUUACCAUUAUGUAAUACAUUGACUGUAUGUAAAUGCAUUGUAUUUUCUCUAAAAUGUACUGAAAAAGAAACGUUUGUCUUCCCACUAAGACCAAGCACACAUGUCUCUCUGACUACGCCUCUCUCUAGAGCUCUGUAUCUAAUGCUCUCACAAAAACUGUGAACAUGGGACAAGCUCCAGUUUUCAAUAUCUUCAUAUAUUGUUUUGCUUUGUGCCUGUCUUGAUAACUCGAAUCUCCUGUUGUAUCAUUUUGUGCCUGAUUUGUUAACUUGAUCGUGACCUUUUUUCUGAUAUAUACUGUGAUUCAAGCUAUUCUGUCAGUACUGUAUGUACAUUAUAAUUAUGUCUGUACUGAAGACCUUGUUUUAUCAUAUGGAGUUUUAUUUUCGUGAUGAGUUUUAUUUUCAGACACAUUCUGUGAAGCACACAGCAAAAAAAGUAUUUGAUCUGACUGCAUGCAUGUGUUGUGAAGCUUGACUGUACAGCCAGUGUGAUACAUUGGACCCUUGCAGAGCAAACAUGUUAUCCACUAAAGGUGUAUUCUUCAAUUAAAGAUUUUUUUGUCAAAGCUAAAAGAUGUUUACAAUACUACAAAUAAUAUCUUAUUAGUUAACAUAUAUAGCAUAAUUAAUUACACAAUUCAUCUUUUUGUCACAUGAGUAAUAGGGCUCAUAUAUGUGACAUUGGUGACAUUAAGACUUUUUCUGGCUGUCAGUGAAUCUGAAGUUAGUUGAACAAUCGCUGUUGCUCAUUCUGUGUUUUCUCCAAAAAUGUAAUCCCAAAAUAACAUUUGUUAUUUAACUAGUCCUUUUGAAUGCUAAGGCAACUAAAAACACAGAAUGUGAAAUUAGCGCAAUUAGAGUACCUGUCAAUUGUUAAGUGCUCAGUUUUCACAUAAUUUGUUAGCCAGUUAGCAUAAACUGAUUUUACACCUUAUUCAUAAAUGUUUGUAAUAUUCACUGCUUAACGAUCUGAAUAGCUAAAAUAAAAUGACUCCACCAUGUUUUAGAGUAUGUAAAUAAGUGUCAGAUAGAUGUUUAACAUUUCUUUAGCUAAGCUGAAAUGUCUUAGUUAUAAUGGGCAUUAUCUUGUAUUAUAUCCUUCUUAUCUACUUCUUUAAAAUGUGCAUAACAUUUGUUGUUAAUGCUAGCUAGGUGGCUGUUAUGUGCUAACCUGACAGGAUGUCUAACAGAAUGCUCAUAUUUACUGUAAUUGCCAUAUUGUUCAAAUGCUCAUAUUUACUGUAAUUGCCAGCCUGACAGGAUUUCUGAGAGGAUUUAUAUGUAGUACUCAUGAAUGAUCAUAGUCUAUAAUAGCAAGUUGGCUAAAAUGAGCUAAGCUGACUAAUCUUUGCUUUUAAUGCUAGCAUGCUGUCUAUCACACUUGAAAGUAUAUUUCAUAAAGCUGCUACUCAGAAAAAAGUUUAGAGGGGGGAUAUACUAUGUAUCUAGCUCUAAGACUGUAUAAGUCUGUAUUAACUCACUGUGGGUGAAACUUGAAUCAGGUCACACAAUGAUUACAAAUCUUAAUUAAUUUUAAAACAGUAUUAAAUCAUUCAAUUUACAGUGUGGGAAUCAGUUAAUCCUCUUCUCUAUUUACUGUAAUCAAACCAGCUAAUCUGGCUCAGUAUGACUUUGGCCUAACCUGUCUGUAGGGUAUCACACACACACACACACACACACACACACACACACACACACACACACACACACACACACACACACACACACACACACACACACACACACACUGCUUCAUUGAUGUGCUUUGUACUUCUCCCCUGUUUACCUCUUUUUACAUACAGUAAUGCAUUCACUGACUCAUUUGUACUGACCUAUUUAUACACUUUUACUUACUAAAGAUUAAAUCUAUUGUAAUGCUUUCAUAUUGUACAUUCUACUAUUUGAAUCUAUAAACGCAUAUAUACAUUUUUUCUAUUCAACUUUUCAGUUUUAUUGGACAUGGCUCCACUUGAUCUGAUCAAACUCUACUUAAAAUUUGUCAGUGCAGCACACAGGCACCACUUAAAUGGAUUUAGUCAUAAAUCCUGUUGGAUAUGAUCAUUAGAUUAACUGAUACAUUAGAUGAUUCUCAGAUUAUCAUUACUGGAUGUCUUCAUUAAAUCAACUGACAAUUAGGUGUGAAAUUUCUCUGCCUUAACACUCUUUCUGUUUGUUUUCUUUGAAAAUAUAAGGC